AUGCCUCUUACAGACGCUCUUCCCUACCUUCCCGAGCUGCCAGUUGGUUCUAAUUCAACCAACGGUACAUUUCCUGUACCUGGCAUUGGAGAUAUACCAGCACCGUUCGAUAUCCUUGGUGUCCUUACGUUUUCCCAAACUUCGUUUACCUUGUUGAGCAGCCUGUAUAUUGCAUGGCAAAAUCUCACUCAGAGGCUUCGAGAGAACGAGAACCUUGGUCUCAACAUCAUUGCAUCUCUGAACAAUCGAUCCGAAUCCAUAUUAGAGAUUGAAAGAGAAGAAGGCGAAACGACGUCUCAGACAGCCAAUUUAGUCAGGUAUGACAAGGUCGUAGCGCCGCUUAUGACGAUUGUUUACCGGAUCCGGGUAAUUAAUAACGAACCAUUCCUUCGUCGGUGGAUCUUUUCCGUUCCGAUUUCCAAUGAGCUCAGAGAACUCAGUGCAAAGGCCGAAAAGCUCUAUCAGUUAUACUUGAUUAAAGUUAACGUAGCUAUUUUUGCCGAUGCUGAUCGCGCGAGGAAUGGUGUCGAGGAGCUGCAAAAGAAGAUGGACAAGGUUUUAGAGGCACUCGUGUCAAAACAAACUAGGCUAUAG